GCCGUGCCCGCUCUUCAAGACUGUCUCAGGAUCACCUGGGUGGAGUUUGCAUGUUCUCCCUGUGCACGCAUGGGUUUUCUCYCACAGAUUAAAAACAUGCACGUUAGGGUUAACUGGUAACACUAAAUUGUCUCUACUUGUGAAGUGAGAGCGUAAAUGUUUGUCUCUGUUAUGGACUUGCUGCCUGUCCAGGGCGUACCCCGCCUCUUGCACAGGGACUGCUGGGGAUUGACACCAACAACCUCUGUGGCCUGGAAAGGAAAAGCAGGGGUUCAUCAUGGCUUUGAAAAGAAGACGGGCGACGUCCCCCUCUAGCAGUGUGAGUGGAGGAGAUUUUGACGAUAGCCAGACUUCGUUAGUGUCUUCAAUUGGGCGAAAGAGGAGAAGGACCUCAAACAUUCCAACUGUGGAUCCUAUCGCUGUGUGCCAUGAGCUCUACAACACAAUCAGAGACUACAAGGACGACCAGGGCAGGAUGCUGUGCGAGUUGUUCAUCAGAGCCCCCAAACGAAGGAAUCAACCAGACUAUUACCACGUGGUCUCUCAGCCCAUCGACAUGAUGAAGAUCCAGCAGAAAUUAAAGAUGGAGGAAUACGAUGAUGUUGAACAACUAACCAGUGACUUCCAGCUACUAUUCAACAAUGCAAAAACAUACUAUAAGUCAGAGAGUCCUGAAUACAGAGCGGCCUGUAAGCUGUGGGAUCUUUACCUGCGAACCAAGAACGAGUUUGUUCAAAGAGGAGAUUAUGAAGAUGAUGAUGAAGACGGAGACGAUGUGCAGGAGAAUCCUGGAGGAUCCACAGAGGAUGAGAGUGUGUCUGCCUGUUUGAAAGAGGUGCUGGAGCAGCUUCUUGAUGCCGUCGUGUCGUACACCGAGCCGAGCGGUCGGCUGGUCAGCGAGCUCUUUCAGAAGCUUCCCUCUAAAAUGCAAUAUCCAGAUUAUUAUGCCAUAAUCAAGGAGCCUAUUGAUCUAAAAAUCAUCGCUCAGAAAAUCCAGUUGGGACACUACAGGAGCGUCAGCGCCAUGGCUAAAGACAUCGACCUGUUGGUAAAGAAUGCCAAAACCUACAAUGAGCCUGGAUCACAGGUUUUUAAGGAUGCUAACACCAUCAAGAAGAUUUUUGCACAAAAGAAGUCUGAAAUCGAACACGGAGAGCCCAUCAAGUCAAGCAUCCGCAUCCGGAAUAAAAGAUUUGCCCAGGGAGACCGCCUCUCAGCKAUCACUAUGGCUCUACAGUAUGAGAGCGACGAGGAGGGGAUACUCUCCGGGUCUGUGCACUACGAUGAAGGAGAGUCCGAGGCGGAGUGUUUGACGUCCAACAUCGACAUGAGCAAUCCCAUCUUCCAGCUCUACGAGGCGGUGCGAGGGGCCAGGAACAGUCAGGGUCAGCUGAUUUCUGAGCCUUUCCUGCAGCUGCCCUCCAGGAAAGAUUACCCCGACUAUUACCAACAGAUCAGUCACCCGACCUGCCUGCACCACAUCAAGAACAAGAUGAAGAACAACGAGUACGAGAGCGUGGAGCACGUCAACGCCGAUUUGACUCUGCUGCUCGAGAACGCCAAGCGCUACAAUGUUCCUCACUCCUCCAUCUACAAGCGUGCACUCAAACUUCAGCACAUUCAGCAGAUGAAAAGGAAGGAGCUUCUGCAGAGAGUGGAUGAUGAUGGUGAUAGUAUGCUCUCCUCUGCCACGUCUGACACCAGCAGCACAAAAAGAAAAAGCUACAAGAAGAAUACGAAGAAAAAUCGAAUGAAAGCUCUCUUCGCUGCGGUGACAGAAGCACGGGAAGCCGGCACCGGCCGCAGGCUGUGCGACCUCUUCACGGUGAAGCCAUCGAAGAAGGACUACCCUGAUUACUACAAAGUGAUCCUGGAGCCGAUGGACCUCCGGACCGUUGAGCAUAACAUCCGCUCAGACAAAUACGUGACUGAAGAUUUAAUGGUAGAGGACAUGAAGCUGAUGUUCCGCAAUGCACGACACUACAACGAAGAAGGCUCCCAGGUCUACAAUGACGCAGAUAUCCUGGAGAAGAUCAUGGAAGACAAACGAAGAGAUCUGGGGCCAGCAAUGGACGAUGAUGACUUGAUGUCCCCAAAGUUAAAAAUAAGAAAAAACAGCAUCUUUCUGAAGAAAUCCAAGUACUUAACGCCCUUACAGCAGAAAUUGAAUGAGCUUUACGAAGCUGUGAAGAACUACACCGAUAAGCGCGGCCGUCGCCUCAGCACCAUCUUCCUCCGGCUCCCGUCUCGCGCCGAGCUGCCCGACUACUACCUCGCCAUCAAGAAGCCCGUGGACAUGGAGAAGAUCAAGAGCCACAUGCUGGCCAACAAGUACCAGGACGUGGACGCGCUGGUGGAGGACUUUGUGCUCAUGUUCAACAACGCCUGCACCUACAACGAGCCCGAGUCUCUGAUCUACCGCGACGCCCUGCUGCUGCACAGGGUGCUGUUGGAGACCAGACGUGACCUGGAGGGGGGAGAGGACGCCCACGUGCCCGACGUGCCCCGCCUCAUCCAGGAUCUCGUCCGCAGCCUGUUUGUGUCUGUGCUCGGUCACCAGGACGACGAGGGGCGAUGCUACAGCGAUUCUCUCGCGGAGAUCCCCGCUGCCGAUCCCGCCAACUCCGAGAAGCCGCUGCUCAACUUCGAAAUCGUCAGGAAGAAUGUGGAUCGGGGGCGUUACAAGAGGCUGGAUGUGUUUCAGGAUCACAUGUUUGAAGUUCUGGAAAAGGCCAGACGGUUGAAUAGGACUGACUCAGAGAUCUUUGAAGAUGCAGUGGAGCUGCAGCAUUUCUUCAUUCGUAUCCGAGACGAGCUGUGUAAAAAUGGAGAAAUCUUAAUGUCCCCUGCUCUCAGCUACACCUCUAAGCAUCUGCACAGCGACGUGGAGAAGGAGAAGAAAAAAAAGCUUCCCAAGGAGUUUGAGGAGGACAAAAUCAAGAGAGAGGAGGAGAAAAGGGAAGCUGAGAAGAGGGAGGACUCUACUGGCAGCUCAUGGCAGGUCCAGCGUACGUACAGCCAGGACUGCAGCUUCAAGGACAGCAUGUACCACGUGGGAGACUACGUCUAUGUGGAGCCUGCUGAGCCCAACCUGCAGCCACACAUUAUUUACAUUGAACGUCUUUGGCAAGAUGACACCGGAGAGAAGUGGCUGUAUGGCUGCUGGUUCUACAGACCGAAUGAAACCUUUCACCUGGCUACAAGAAAAUUCUUGGAGAAAGAAGUUUUUAAAAGCGACUAUUACAACAAAGCUCCCGUCAGCAAGAUUCUGGGGAAAUGUGUGGUUAUGUUUGUGAAGGAGUAUUUCAAGCUCUACCCGGAGGGAUUCAGGCCCGAGGACGUGUACGUGUGCGAGUCUCGCUACUCCGCCAAGUCCAAGUCCUUCAAGAAGAUCAAGCUGUGGGCCAUGCCUCUGAGCUCCGUUCGAUUUGUUCCCAGAGAGGUGCCUCUUCCUGUAGUCCGAGUGGCGUCCAUGUUUGCACCCAAACAAGAAGAGAAGCCGCCAGAGGUUAUAGAUGAGGGCAAGAUGACUGAUGGUGUUUUAGACAAG